AUGUCUGAGAAAUAUGAGCGAGGGGGUCAUACUAUUGGUGGUGUUUUUUCAUUCCGUUCAGCUGCAUUUGAAUUCAACAGCUUUCGGGAAUCUGCUGCUGAUGCUGGUAUUUAUCUGACAAGGUAAGCACUAUGCAUUUUUUUGAAAUAUAAAAAAUGUCCUUGGCUACAUUUGAAUAAAUACAAAAAAGCCCCUCACCCCACACUUGCACACGUGUUUCAAAAAUUAAUUGGUAUCUAUUUUUUUUAUUAUCUAUUUAAUUUCCAAAGGGCUUAAUCACAUGAAGAUGCCCUAUAAUACUCUGGUUCAUAUUUUUAAAGAAUGAAAUAGAAAUCAUUUUAAUAUGAUAGCUGAUUCAGAGAGUAUGCCAAAAUCUACGUGCAAAUAUUCUCAGAAAGAGAAUGGCAGAGCCACUGACCAUCCUUCAGAAUGCUAAACAACUUUGGCUGAUCUCUUAAAAAAAGCUCCACCCCAGGCGCCAGCAGGGGUUGCUAUGCUGCCAUCUGUGCUGGAUCCAAAUGGAAGAAGCAAUAUGGUUUUGGUUGUUAAUGCAUUGAGCCCCUCACUCCUAUGUUCAUGUUGCAUGUUAUGUGUAUAUCCCAAAGACACUACAGUCUCAGCUGACAUCCAUUCCAAGGAAACUGAACACUAGAAAAGCAUUUACUUCAGCGUGGAGGGGGGGUUAGUGAAAUUUUGAGACUUUGUGCAAUGAAUAAGAAAAAUAUAAUUUUUUUAUGGCUCAUUGUUUAUUGAAUACUUAUACUAGCAAUUCAAUAACUCAAAACUAUAUCCGUAUGCAAAUGUCAUUACACUUUGAUGUUCACAUUUGAAUGCAAUUAAGGUUGCAUGGUCAAUGUAAUCUCAUCUUUUUAGUUCUGCCUCUUUCAUUGGAAACACGUAUUAGAAAUACUGUACUGAUAUGUCUCACAUUUUUUCUUUAAGUAGUUGCCAGCUGAAAAAUUUGUAACUAUCAGUCCAAUCCAUGUUGUAGGAUACUACCUAAGAAUAUCCAACAUUUCCUGGCUUUUUGGUUUGCCAUUAUUGAAGUCAACAAGAAUCCAAAGCUUAUACCUAAUGUCACCCUGGGUUUCCGUCUACUUGACAACUUCUGCGAUGGAAGACUCACUUAUUUCACAACAAUGCAGUUGCUCACAUCAGGAGGUGUUAGGACCAAUAAUUAUAACUGUGAUACAAAGAAUAGUGUCUUGGCCAUUGUUGGGGGACUUGCAUCUGAAAACUCCAUUGAAAUAUCAAAUAUUGCGAGCACCUACAAAAUGGCUCAGGUAUGGACUUUUGGAUUGGGAAGAGGGGUCAUGUACUUUCAGAGGACUAUUCAUUCAUCAAAAUGAUUCAUUUAUUAAACAUUCAUCCUGAUUUGCUUAGACAAAGCACUGUAAAGGUUAGAUUUGCAGUCUUAAUUGAGCAUUCAUUCUGAUUGCAAGAUAAUAAGCAUUCACCCUCAUUUCUUUGUGCACAUUUUAUAUGUGUUGCUGCUAAUUGUAUGUAUACACCCAAACACGUGGUUUUUCUUAUAUUGUUUAUAUUGGCUGAAACAGAAUUUCAUGUAAGCAAACAACCUGCAAGGCUUUCAAGAACAUUUGCAAAAAUUUCACUAUAUUUUCCUCCCCCAUCCUGGAUGUUUUAGCUCUUUUCACUUGAUUCAUUGCAACUAUAUAUAUGCUUGUGCUUAUAAUUACCUUAGCAGAUCUUACAAAAGAUAAGUGAUAGAGAUGGCAAGAGAUGGAUACAUGGAGAUAGCUAGACAGCUAGCUAGACUUUCGUCAAAGGCAAAACAAAUGCCAUGGAUCUGCACAAAAUCAAAACCCUUUGAAAUUAACAACAUACAAUAUUACAUUAGAGAUCAAAGGGCCAGUUUCAUAUUUUUUUUGUUUCCUUACCAUUUUGAGUCAACAGAAGUUAACACUGGGAUUCAUGGUCUUACAUGUCUUGCAAUUUAAGCCCCUACUUGGACUCAGAGGGCAAGCUGUGGGUGAGAACUCCCCUCCCCCUGAGUAUGGUUUCUUGAUUUAUGAACAAUGUGUCAUUCUUUUGCACAUAAAUGUCCAUAGGGAACAAUCCCUCCUCCAUGGUAAAGUAUUAUCCUCAGAUUCCCAGCUUUCCACUCAUCCACACUUUGUCACGUGCCAAGAAAUAAUGAGUUCGAGUUUUCUGCUUGUCCCACACUUUCUAGGCGCAGGUGUGACUGGUUUUGCUCUUGCUUUACCACUUUUCCUGGGAAAACCCACUCUCUAGAGAUAAAUUGGAGCAAAUGUUAAUCCAGAGAAAACCUGUCUGGCAUUUGCUCCAGUUGAGUGAUAAAGAUCAAGUUUUCUCCGGGGGAAAGUGGUAAGGUGAGGUCAAUUCUUGAUGAGCCCUUUGUUGAGAGAGAGAGAGAGAGAGAGAGAGAGAGAGAGAGAGAGAGAGAGAGAGAGAUUCUAGUAUUUUUAGAACCUGAGAUGUGAAACAAAAUGUAGACAUGAUUCUCCUUGUGUGUGAGAAAUUAGCUUUAUCAUUUUUUCCAGCAUUGCUCCCCCAAUCUUGCCUCCCGCUCAAAAUUCCUGUGAAUGCCCAUGUGUAUAUAAUGAACCAGCUAUUGAUCUUUUGUGUCUAUUCUGAGUGGCAGCAGCUCAGCAAAUUCUUAAAGAGGUGUUUGUCGUGAGUCACUUGAACUUUAGAUGCACAGGACUGAAGAUGGUACCUUCUGAACAUUCAGUGACUAUGUACCAUCAAACACAUUGAAAUGGCCCUGUGCAACUCUUUUGCAACAGAGGAUUGGCAGAUAUAAUCCCAGUUUGCUUUCAGGCAUCUUCUAAACAUGGUAUUAUUCAGGAAGACCUUUUGAACCUGCAAAUCUUUGCCAGCCAUAUUUUACAUUUAUAGAUACUUAAAUACUAUAUAUUAGAUUUUGUUAAAUAUAAGACCAGCCUAAUUAACUUUAGUAUUUUCCAGUUCCAGUAGUGAAUAUGUUUAUGUGGCUAACUUUCUCUGUUUGUUGUUACAGGGAAGGCUUUACUAGUGAGUGGUUGUACUAGUGAGUAACUCCAAAGCUAUCAAUGUAGUAUGCUUCAUCUAUGGGUAUUCACUAGUAAUGUCUAAUACAGGGAUCACCAACCCAUGGAUGCCCUUGAGCCUCUUUCUUUCUUUCUUUCUUUCUUUCUUUCUUUUCAAACACUUUCAUUGGGUUUUAAUAAUGACAGGCAGAUAUAAAAGAAAUAAGUGAAAUAAAAAAAGGUUUCAAAAAGAUUAGUUGACACAAUUGUCAUGUAAUGCAGCUAUGUGAUCUACUGAGUCAAUAACUAAUCAUACCGAGUGGCAAAGAAUAUGUGGCCCAUAAUUACAAAGGGUUCCAUGGUCUAAAUGAAAACAUUUUAUUAUUAUUAUUAUUUCAAAAAAGAAUGUAAAAAGUAAUCUUGAACUGUAGCCAAUGCUGACACUUACAUAGACCUAUAGUACCUGAUGCUUCUGAGCCACUGCAUUUGUGUAUAAAAUAAAAUUAGGCCAAGUGGCAAAGAAGCGAUCUCUGAGAUUCCAUGGGGGGGGGGGGAGUAAGUCUCGAGUCCUCCUUGAAAACAAAAUGUUUUGAUCUCAGGACAUGUCUUUCUGAGCGCUUCCCAAUUACUGCACCUUUCCUGCUUCUACUUUUUUAAUGCCCCCUCCCGCCUUACUCUUAAAGAUGCUCUUCACACACAAUAGAAAACCUAUAUAUUUUCUUAAAUGCUAACAGCAACUUCUAAACCCUCAUUCUGCUAAUACAGAUCUUGAGCACCUCAUCCAGUUUUGCCUUACAGUUAUUUGGAUGGGAAAUACUGUUUCCGGAAGGACUGCAGAUAAAGAAUUUUAAAUCAACACCUUACAUGUGGCCUGUGUUCUCCUCCAGCUCAGUUAUGGUUCAUUUGAUCCAGUGCUAAGUGAUAAAACCCGAUUCCCUUUCUUCUAUCGGAUGGUACCAAAUGAAGUCAUGCAGAUUAAAGGGGUAAUCCAGUUACUCCUGCAUUUCUCAUGGAAAUGGGUUGGUCUCAUUGCUCCAGAUGAUCACAGUGGAGAAACCUUUGUUCAGACUCUGAAGGGAUUGCUCAUUCAGCAUAAUCUUUGCGUGGCUUUCACUCAUAGUAUCUUGGCAAUAACCUCUGCAAUAACCACAGAUAUAGAAAAGGAAGAGGCAAAAAUGUAUCACACAUUCUCUCAAACCAAAGCCAAUGUGGUUGUUGUAUGUGGGGAUUCCCAAUCCCUAAUGCUAUUUACUUUCUGGAUAGAUUUGAAUUAUCAAGGUGCUCAAAUGGCUCUUGUAGGGAAAGUUUGGAUCAUGAAUGCCCAGUGGGACUUUACUGCAGUGGACUCUCAGAGUUUCUGGUCUCUAAAACAUUUCCAUGGUGCUCUGGCUUUCACAAUUCACACAACUGUUGUGCCAGGUUUCCAAGAUUUUCUUAAGGCCUUUAAUCCUCAGCGAUAUCAUCCAAAAGACGUGUUCAUGAAAGAAUUCUACAAGAAAGUAUUUCACUGUGGAGUUAUCUACUCUGAUAGGACCAGUGAGAUAAGAUGUUCAACAGAGGAACACCUGGAGUCUCUGCCAGGAGCUGUGUUUGAAAUGAGCAUGUCUGGUCAGAGCUAUAGUGCCUACAAUGCUGUUCAUGUCAUAGCACAUGUUUUACAUGAAAUGCACUUAUCCACCUCCAAGCACAUAAAGUUGGGGAAAAGAAGCAGAUUCGGACUAAGGAAUGUGCAGCAGCAGGUAACAUGUUUCAAUAUUUAUUAUUCUUUUAUUGAUAGAUGAUCCUGAUGGUGAUGAUGUGACCAAAGUCAAUUUGCCCAACUUGAUGCCCUCCCUAAUUUGAACUGAAAAUCCCAUCAUCCUUGAUCAUUCUCCAGGCUCUAAGAUUUCUCCAACAAUCCCUACCAUAUGAUGUGAUUGUUUUGUUUUGUUUUAAAAAAGCUACACCAUAUGUUAAGAAACAUCAGGUUUAACAAUAGUGCUGGGGAAGAGAUAUUUUUUAAUGAGCACCAGGAGUCUACAACUGGAUAUGAUAUUGUGAAUUGCUAUGUGUUCCCUAAUGGAUCCCUCAUUCGAGCUAAAAUUGGAAUAAUGGACGCCCAUACAUCAGUACACAAGAAGUUUAUCAUUAAAGAUCAUGCAAUAACUUGGAACAGUUGGUUCAACAAGGUGGGUUAUUUUAGUCAUUAAUAUUAUAUGCACAAAUAACAAAGUCCUUGUGUCAUGCUUCAUAAGCCAUAAGUUCUGCACCACCCACAUGCAAGAGGAGACAUCAGCAGUGUAAGAAGUUCCCCCAGAUAUCUAGAAAAGUUGGGGAGCCUCUAACCCCCUGCAACUGGCACUUGGGACUCUCACUAAGCCACACUCCUAUUUCCUCUGCUUUGUACCCUCCUUUAGAGUUUUUGCCUCACUAGAAUGUGCCCUUGAACGCCCACCAUCUAUUAUACAAUGGUGUGAGGGAAUCACAUUUGAGCAUAUUUUCUAUAGACAUCAGUUUCACUUGAAUACGUACUUCGACAUCUAGAGGGUUUAUAUGAAUUCAUACUUUUAACUUAAGAUGCAUGUUCUGAUGGUUACUAUGUCCACAAAAUAACCUAUAGUGUUUUGUUGUUGUUGUUGUUGUCGUCUUUUUAUUAGUAUUUUUAAUUUUUUCUUUCGUUCUUCACUUUCAGUGAUUUCCCCCCUUCCUUUUCUUACUUAAAUAUGAAAAUAAUAGAAGGAAGGAAGGAUAGCAUGGAUAAAUUUGCCCCCAACAGAAUUGUGAUGUGUCAUUCCUUAAGUCAUAUGCCAGUAAAUAGUGUGACCUUUAUUUGAGUCAGGGGUAAGAAUGUAAUACAACUAGUGCAAUAGUCUCUGGUGUUCCCUAUGUCACUAUUCACAGGAUUACACCUAUCUACCCCAAGUGAAGGAUUAGCAUCCUCCACCAGCAAUACUUUAAUCGCCUUAUUUUUCUAUUUAGGCCCUGCCCCGUUCUGUGUGUUCUGAAAGCUGCCAUCCUGGAUACAGCCAGAGAGUUCAGGAGGGUAAACAAGUCUGCUGCUAUGAUUGCACUCCAUGCCCAGAAGGGAUGAUUUCUAACCAGACAGGUAGGAAAGUCCUGGAGUCCCAUAGUUCUUUCAGCACUAAGUAUGGGGCUGGGUGAAAUUUCUUUCUCCACUUCGCAACCCAAUUUGCAUGAAGCGAAGGUGUGUGGACAAGUGGGCAAGAGUUAGAGUGAUGGAAAGAAAAUGCCCAGGCUCUGUAACAUUUGGCUGGGAUGCCCCUGAGAAUGAGACUGCAUGAUGAUGUAUUGCCAUUCCCAGCACUGUAAAUCUGACUUUAAAAAGAGAAAUCUUCAUACAAACUACCAUAAGUUAUAGCCUGAAGAAGGGAAGUGCAUGAAUGCCAACUAAUUCCUCUGGGUAAGCAACAAAGUUAAAAUUCAGCAAGCCUAGCAGCAGUGAAGCUGAAAGCCCCUCCCUACAAAAAGAAAACAACUAAAUAUUAAAAACAACUAAAUAUUAAAAACUUUGUAUCAGGGCUACUUAAGGUGGUGUAGUCAAGAUAUACUUGAACUCCAGCUCCCAUCAUCCCUGACCAUUGGUCAUGCUGGCUGGGAAUGACGGGAACUGUAUUCUAACAAUAUCUAGAAUAUUGGCUACCCCUUCUCUACAUACAUUUCUGAUGGGCUUUGCCCACAAAAUCCUUGUUCCCUGAUUCUACUUUGAUUUCACCUGGUAUCUUACAUCACUGACAGUUUCUACUCUUUUAAAAGAUGCAGAUCAUUGUGACAGAUGUCUAAAUGAGCAACGCUCCAACCAAGAACGGAAUCAAUGCAUUCCAAAAGUAAUUCACUUCCUCUCAUAUGAAGAACCUUUGGGAAUGGCUUCAGCUACCUGUUCCCUCAUGUUGUCUUUAGUCACUGCUCUGAUACUUCAAAUAUUCAUUAAGCAUCAAGACACUCCAAUUGUCAAAGCCAACAACCGAGAUAUCACCUACAUUCUGCUUGUCUCUCUCCUGUUUUGUUUCCUCUGCCCUUUGCUCUUUAUUGGUAGGCCAAGGAAAGUGACCUGCCUUCUCCGACAAACAGCAUUUGGGCUCAUCUUCUCUGCUGCUGUUUCUUCUUUGCUGGCCAAAACCAUCACUGUGGUCCUGGCUUUCAAAGCCACACAGCCAGGAAGCAAUAUGAGGAAAUGGCUGAGGAAAAGAGUAGCCAACUCCAUUGUCCUGUUCUGUUUCCUUGGCCAAUUUGUAAUCUGCACUGUAUGGUUAGGAGCAAACCCUCCCUUCCCGAGCUUAGACAUGCACUCUGAAAGUGGACAGAUCAUAGUUCAGUGUGAUGAAGGAUCAGUCACUAUGUUUUAUUGUGUCCUCAGCUACAUGGGCCUUUUAGCCAUUAUCAGUUUUCUGGUAGCUUUCCUUGCAAGGAACCUGCCAGAUAGUUUUAAUGAAGCUAAAUUUAUCACUUUCAGCAUGUUGGUGUUUUGCAGUGUUUGGGUCUGCUUUGUUCCAACUUACCUCAGCGCCAAAGGGAAAUACAUGGUAGCUGUGGAGAUCUUCUCCAUCUUAGCCUCUGCUGCAGGUUUACUUGGCUGUAUCUUUUUUCCAAAAUGUUAUAUUGUCAUUUUGAAACCUAGUCUUAACACUAAAGGGCAUCUCAUAAGGAAAUCCGACUAGUAUCAUCUUUGUGGCAUCUUCUUCAUUUUCUCAUCAGAAAUCAACCUCUGUUUUGACCCUAAACUCAUCUUCCAGAAUAAAGCAUAAAGCAAAAAUGGGGGGGGGGGUAUCAUGAAAAAGGCAAGUUCUAGAAAUGUAUUUAUAUGUUUUUAGAUUAGGUUUGUGUUAAUUUGAAAAUAUAUUUUGAAAAUAAGGAAGGAAAAUACAGUGAAGUUACUCACUUUCCCUUCCCAUGCAUACACAUCAACAUGAAUCAGUCAAAACUGAUAAACAUGGCAACUAAAUUGUACAUACGUCAAUCUAUCACCCAUUUAUUCUGGUCUUUACUCUGACCCCAAAAGUCAUGAGGUUCAUCAACAUUUCUCCAGUCUACAUGUUAUUUCCAGAUACCUGAUCAUGUUUAUUUAUUCUAUCUCACUGUCACUAAACACUGAGAAUGACAUGCUGUCAUUUCUGAUGUGAGGCAUGUCAAUUGUGAGGGGAUAAUUGAAAUAAGUUAUUUCCAAUGUACCAGCACCAAGUUCUUAUAACAACAAUUUCAAGGAAAGGAAAUCAUUAUGAGAUUGGUAUCUCAUAAAUUGGGUCCCAUGGGCCAAAGUGGAAUCUCU